CAGUAACAAUUGGAAUUACUGUCGAGAAAAAUAAUGUCUAGCAAUAAUAAUAAGCAACAUUUCAAGGUUUGCUUCUGCUGGUCACGAGGAUUCAAGUUAAGGGGAGGUGAAAUACCAGAAGAUAUAAAGCAAGUCUUUGAAUCUUACUCAGUAAAUGGGAUUAUGAGCAUAGAUAAUCUAAUUAGUUUCUUAGAGAAAGAACAGAAGGAGGUGAAUGUAACAAAAGAGGCCCAAAAUAUAUUCAAUAGCCUCAAGCAUCAUCACAAUAUUGUCCACAAAAGAGGAUUAAAUCUUGAUGCUUUCUUUAAAUAUCUUAUUGGUGAUUAUAACUUUGCUCACCAGUCUAAGGUCCACCAAAAUAUGGAUGCUCCUUUGGCUCAUUAUUAUAUAUACACUGGACAUAACUCUUACUUAACUGGAAACCAGCUGAGCAGUGAUUGUAGUACUGAACCAAUAAAGAAGGCAUUAAAGAAAGGAGUUAGAGUGAUUGAAUUGGACCUUUGGCCUAAUAUUACCAAAGAUGAUAUCGAUGUUCGUCACGGAGGGACACUGACAACUCCUGUUAAACUAAGCAAAUGUCUGAAAGCCAUAAAGGAGGUUGCUUUCUCAAAUUCUGAAUAUCCUGUUAUAUUAACAUUUGAAGACCACCUUCAUCCUUACCCACACCUUCAAAAAAAAGUCGCUCAGAUGGUCAAGAAAACAUUUGGUUCCAUGCUAUUCAUCCCACAAUCACAAAUGGACGAGUUUCCUUCACCAAACUCUUUAAAGAAUAAAAUCUUAAUUUCAACGAAACCACCACCAAAAAGUAGCGCUGAAUCAGACAAUAAGGUAAUAAUCACAGAGCGGACAUUUGGAGAAUGAACUUGAUACAAAUACUCAGGUUUAACUUGUGCUUAUUAUUCUCUAGCCCUUGUUUUGUUGGGUGUGAGAACAAAGUCCCACAUUGGUAGCUGAA